AUGGCAGUCUAUUAUUUCGAGAGGCUACCACUGGCAACUAUGACAAAUUUUAUGGUGUCUAGUGGUUUGGGAGAUCUGGGUAUUUGGAAAAUACUUCAGUGGAAGCUUUCUUUGAUCUGUUAUAAGAAGAUUAAUUGGAAAAUACUUCGGUCGAAGCUUUGUUUGAUCAUUUAUAAGAUGGAGUCUGUAAUUGAUAUAGCUACCCAGCUUGAGCCUGGAAUUGGCCAAGAAACAGCUAGUGUGGAAGCUAUACCUAGCCCUAGUCCUAUUCCUGUGGUGGAUGAUACACCUGCUGACCCAGCUGUUGCUGGACAAACUGCAAAUGUGGAAGCAAAUUCAAGAAAAAGAAAAGAGUAUGUGCAGAGGUCAGUAGUGUGGGAUCAUUUUGAAUCGAUCAAAGAUGGCAAAGGUGUUAUUAUGCAAGCAAAAUGCAAAUAUUGUGCUCGUAUAUAUAACUGCAAUGCUAAAAAGAAUGGGACUUCCACUCUGAGGACUCACAUGAUGAAAUGCACUAAACACCCUCACUCUAUGGAAACCAGGCAAGCUCUUCUUUCUUUCCAACCUGUGUCAAAUGUUGGUCUUGCUGGUGGUUCUGAAAUGUUUAGUCUUACUGCUUGGAAGUUUGAUCAGGAUUUAGUUAGGCAGGCUCUUGCAUAUAUGAUAGUUGUUGAUGAACUACCUUUUAAAUUUGUUGAGAAGGAGGGGUUUAGGAAGUUAAUGAGUGUUGCUUGUCCAAUAUUUAAAAUUCCUUCUAGAUUCACUGUGAACAGAGAUUGCUAUAGUAUGUUUGUUGAGGAGAAGUUGAAACUGAAAAAGAUUUUUAAAACUAGUACACAAAGAGUCAGUCUAACUAGUGAUUGCUGGACUUCUAAUCAAAGACUUAAUUAUAUGUGCAUCACUGCCCACUAUAUUGAUCAUGAUUGGAAGCUAAAUAAAAAGACAAUUUCUUUUGUCCCUUGUUCUAAACAUAAGGAUGAGUAUCUGUCUAAGGCAAUGGAAGCUUGUUUGCAAGAGUGGGGGGUUAAAAAUAUUUUUUCUGUAACUCUGGAUAAUGCUGAAAAUAACACUGCUGCUAUGACUUUUUUUAUGAAAAAAAUGCUGAGUUGGGGUACUACACCUGAAAGAUGCAAGUAUGCACACAUGAGAUGUAUAGCUCACAUUGUCAAUCUUGUUGUUUCUGAUGGCAUGAAAGAGUCCAGUUCUUUGUUUGAAAAGGUUAGGAUGGCAGUUAGAUAUAUUAAGAAUUCACCACUUAGGUUGAGUAAAUUUAAAGAAUGUAAACUGUCUACGGAAACUGAAACUAAGCGUUCCUUGUGUCUUGAUGUGCCAACUAGAUGGAAUUCAACAUAUCUUAUGUUGAGUACUGCUUUAUUAUAUCAGAAAGUGUUUGAAGAGUAUGAGGAUGUGGAGUCCAGUUUUAAAAAAGACUUAGGUGAUGAUGUGCCUAGUUUUAGUGAUUGGGAAAAUGUUAGAGAGUUGUGUAGUAUGUUAGAAUGCUUUUAUAAAAUGACAUUGAGAAUUUCUGGUUCUCUUUAUGUGACUGCUAAAAACCAUUUGAAUGAGAUUUCUGAUGUGUGUACUAUUCUACAAGAUUGGAUGGCUUCUACUGAUGUGUCUGUCAGAUUAAUGGGUACUAGAAUGAAAGCUAAGUUUGACAAGUAUUGGGGUGAUCCUUUGGUUAUGAAUAAAAUGAUUUUCUUUGCUAAUAUUUUGGAUCCUAGGGAUAGGAUUAUGUAUAUGGAGUAUACCCUUAAGCAAAUGUAUGGCUCUGUAAAUGGCAAAUUCUUGUUCACUAGUUUGGUUCAUGAUUUGAGUCUGUUAUUUGAUGAUUAUGAUGUGCAAUACAAGAAAGAACUAGCUGGUACUGGCCAGAGUAGCAGUCCUUCUAAAUAUCCAGGCCAGUUUUCUCAAGCUACUUCUGUGUUGAAAGAAAGAUUCAUGCAGCAAAUGAUGGAGACUGGAUGUGUGGGUGGAAGCCAAAAAACUGAAUUAGAUAUAUACCUAAGUGAGGCAGUUGUUCUUAAUAAUGACAAAUUUGAUAUUUUGAGUUGGUGGAAGUUCAAUUCUCAAAGAUUUCCAGUCCUCUCUAGAAUGGCCAGAGAUAUACUUGCAGUACCAGUCUCCACAGUUGCUUCAGAGUCUGCUUUUAGCACUGGUGGCAGAGUGCUUGAUGAUUUUAGGAGUUGUCUAACUCCUAAGAUUGUGGAGGCUUUGAUUUGCACUCAAGAUUGGCUUAGAGACCCAUCAAAGCCUGUUUCUGUUGAGCAGACUUUGGAAGAGUUAGAAGAGCUAGAAGAAGGGUUUCAAGAUGCAGCAAAUGAUUAAUAGUUUGUCUAUAAGACUAUAACUAUUUAAUCUUUCAUUUACUUGAUGAAUGUUUGCUUUGAAUACCUGACCUGGUGGAAGCUGCUUGCUCCUAUUCUGAUGCCUUUUACUUAUUCUCUGUUUCCCUUUUGAUACUACUGAAAUGCUUGCAUACUUAGACUUAGACAUUGUAGAGAUCUGCUUGUGGUUUGUCUUGCUGUUUAACUUGGCCUGAUUUCUCUGUCUAAGACCCUAGGUAUUAGUAUGCUAAUGGCUAUGAUGAAUGCUUGCCUAUCUAAGUUAGAAUGCUUUAGGUUGUAAACUGUGAGGCACUUGUUUUUGUGUUGCCACCUUUUUAUGAUCUUUGGUAUUUUAUGCUUGAUAUACACUGCAAAUCUGAGUCUUUCUGUCUUAGUAUGCUAAAUGGCUAUGAUGAAUGCUUCCACAUCCAAGUUGUAAUUGCUUUAGGUUAUAAACUGUGAGGCACUUGUUUUUGUGUUGCCACCUUUUUAUGAUCUUUGGUUUAUUAUACUUGAUUUACUCUAUCUGAGCCAAAUUUAGCAAAUUGACAUUGAUGAGAUCUGUUGAGUAGUUUGCUGUGUAGUGAAAAUACUUGUGGAUUUCUCUGUCUUAUGCUAAAUUUUCAUUUCUGUUCUUGGCUAUGAUGAA